CAGCAGCAGCAGCAGCAACAGCAACAACAACAUCAACGAAUAUUGCAACCAGACGCCGCAGACUAUCAAAAUGUCAAUUCAAAAGCUAAACGAUAAUACGAACUCGGGCUAUGUUAGCUCCGAGGAGACGGACUCCCUGCUCGUAUCGAAUGCCACAAAGGGGGGCGGACGUACCGCGCUGCUGCGUCAGGUGAAGAGCAGCUCGGCAAAUGGACCAACCACAAACAAUAUGGCUUCCACGUCCGGUGGCAAACCGACGCUGAUGCGUCAGGAUCGCACUUCCACAUAUCUAACCAGUCCGCAGCAAUCGCAGCAGCUGCGCAUGGGCUCCGAGGAGAGUAUGCGCGGCGGCUGCAUUGGCCAUCUCGAGGACAUCGAACAGGGGCUGGGCCGGCAGGCGGCAUGCACCACCAAUGUGCCCGACAUUGAGGUACACGAAGAGGACCAAGAACUCACACAGAACACAUCAACAACAACAACAAUAUCGGCAACGACCAGUGUGGCUGGCACAUCGCAGCAGACCAAACAGCAGCAGCAGCAGCAACCAAUCGAACAACAACAGCAACAACAACAACAACAACAACAACAACAGAAACCAACCAUAUCAAUUAUGAAUUUAGGCAGCGGCACUGGCUCGAGCCAUCCCAAUCUGGGCACAUCAUCAUAUCAGAAUCUAUCGUCGAGCAUACCGCCGAGUGCGCCGAGUCGAUGUCGCGCCUGUCGCAAUUGCAGUCGUCGUGCAUCGACCACGCCCAUCUCGACGGGGGCACAAAUCGAUAGAUCCGCAUCGCGAGAUAGCGUCAAAAGUGCCUAUCAGCCAAUCAAUCUAAGCAGCUCCAUGGCCAUAUGCAUAUCAAAUUCAACGCUGCAACAGCAGCAACAACAGCAACAACAACAGCAACAACAGCAACAGCAACAGCAGCAGCAACAGCAACAACAAUUGCUGCUGCAUCAGCAACAAUUGCAACUGCAUCACUAUCAACAGCCGCAGGUGCCGCCCGUUUUGAUUACCUCAUCGCCAACGAACGGCUCCCGGAUAAUUAGGCAAAGCUCACAGCCGGAAUCGAGCAGCACGGCGAUUUGCUGCGGCACGCACAGCUCCUGCGGCCAUUCGCACACCGUGCCGAACGUGUCGCUGAAGCAGCUGCGGGAGAGCACACAGGAUGGCAUUGCGGGCAUUGCGGCCGAUUCCCUGAGGAUCAACGGCGGCAUGCGUCCGUUCAAGCAGGGCGUUCUUCUAAUGCCUCGCACAUUGUCCGAAAGCCGAAAGUUGCGACUUAGAAGGGCCUUCACAGAGGCCACUAACGAAACUCUCCAAUGCUCCAAAAUGCUCCGCAAGCCAGCGUCGACACUGUCAAUUCCUGGCUCGAUGAAAACACCUUCCAUUGCGAACCGGGAACAGAUCUCAUCUGGAUGCAACGAAGAAGCGGCCGAGGCUUUAGUGGGUAUCCACUCCGACUACCCUAGGUAUGAAAUGUAUAUGGAAGAACGUGCGCUUACUGGCGGGAAUACCUCCAGGAAGCCAUCCACAAACUCGGCCAAACACAAACCGAAUGUGGGCUAUCGCCUGGGCAAGAGAAAAGCACUGUUCGAGAAGCGCAAACGCAUCAGCGAUUAUGCCCUGGUCAUGGGCAUGUUCGGCAUCAUUGUGAUGGUGAUUGAAAACGAACUGAGCAGUGCCGGCGUCUACACAAAGGCAUCGUUUUACUCGACAGCGUUAAAAACCUUAAUAUCUGUUUCGACUGUGAUUCUUUUAGGACUUAUAGUAGCUUACCAUGCUUUGGAAGUGCAGGUGAGAGUGAGUGCAAAUUGUAUCUUCUCUUCCAGAUGUUUAUUGAUGGUCGUCAUCGUUAUUGUUUAACGUUGCCAUCGUUUUAACCGCCCGCCCGCCCGUCCGCCCAGCCCAGCCCGCCCGCCCGCCUGUCCCCGCCCCCAACCUCGCUCACUGUUAUGAUAAAUCCCAAGCCUUCCAAACCAAACCCAAACCCAAACCCGAUACCGUAAAGUAACUCUAAUUCCUCUCAUCGUGUCCAACUCUAGAGCUACGGCCCCGGGCCCCCUAGGGUUUCCCCUAUCCCCUAUUCCACACACCUCAUUGCAGUUUGUUUGUUGUAAAGUUUGUGUGUUCUUUGUCUGUUAUUUCUUCAAUCUCAAAAGUAAUUUGCCCGUAGCUCAAAAAGAAAACCC